AUGGCUUUUCAACACCACCGUAUCCGGGUCGCCAUGCUGAAUGCCGACACUUCCAACCCAAAUACAUAUGCUAACAUGGGGACGUUUGGCGACAUCCUGCACUAUGUCUUGGCUGCAGCUGCGUCCAGAUUGUCCACCGGCCUAGCCAUCGAGCAUGAGACUUUCGACGUUGUCCGCGGCGAGUAUCCUGCUUCGGUCUUCGGGUUUGACGCUGUUAUGAUCACUGCGUCCUCUGCAUCGUCAUACGAUGACCAGCCUUGGAUUCGAACACUCCAAGAGUACUUGAUGUCACUAUAUCAAGAAAAUUCGCAUAUCAGGAUAUUCGGCAGCUGUUUUGGGCAUCACCUUAUUUGUCAGACUUUGUUGGGAGGGUGUGGCGUUCGAGUCGAAAAGCACCCAAAUGGCUGGGAGGUCGGUGUCAGCAAUGUGGCGUUCACCAGCGACUUUAUGAAAGCUUUCAGUCAGUCUCACAGUGUUGCGAGUGGCUUUAAGCAAGGUUCUGGCCGAAAAAUGCGCUUACAGUUCGUUCAUGCUGAUCAGGUCGUUCUCCCACCAUCGGCUACUGCUUCGCUGCCCAGCCCAUGGACCCUGGUGGGAUCUACGGAGCACUGCUUCGUGCAAGGGGUUUAUCAUCCAGGACGCGUGCUCACACUCCAAGGGCAUUUUGAAUUUGACAAAUUCGAAGGCCGGGAAACAAUGAGGAUAUUUGGUGCGGAGGACAAUCUUGGAGGAAACUCGCUCAGUGACCAGGCUCCAGUGGUUGAUGCGGAAGAUUUCAAGGACGACGGCGACCUGAUGGCCGAGAUGGUAGUGCGGUUCCUUGCGGGCGAGCAAGCAAUUGUUCAAGAACGAAGAGGAGAGCCAGGACCUGGAGACGAACCACUCACACCUAGAGCAUCGAUGGAAUUACAAUGA